AUGCGUUUCUCCAUCGCCACUGUCUUCACCGGCCUCGCCGCCUUGGCGACUGCCUACACCACCCCUGACUACACCAAGGACCCCAGCGGUAAUGCCAUCGUCUCCCCCGGUCUGAACGAGAUCGUUCCCGAGGGCAAGACCUACACCAUCAAGUGGGAGCCCACCACCCAGGGCCCCGUCUCCUUGAUCCUCCUCCGCGGUCCUUCCACCAACGUGAAGCCCCUCAAGACCCUCGCCGAGUCCAUCCCCAACAGCGGUUCCUUCAAGUGGACCCCCGGCACCGAUCUCGAGGCCGACACCACCCACUACGGUCUCCUUCUCGUUGUCGAGGGUACCGGCCAGUACCAGUACUCCACCCAGUUCGGUAUCUCCGCCCCUGCCGGCAGCCACACCAUCGAGACCACCGAGACCACCACCAUCUGCCCGGAGACCGAGACCACCGCCGCUCCUACCGCCCCCGCUGCCGCCACCACCACCAUCGAGGUCACCGAGAGCACCACCUACUGCCCGGAGUCUGAGUCCACCACCGCUCCCGCCGUGACCUCUACUCCCCUUGCUCCCGUUCCCGUUCCUCAGACCACCAUCACCAAGAGCACUGAGAUCACCACCACCAUCUGCCCCGAGUCCGAGACCCAGUCCGUCAAGCCCACUCCCGGCCCUCACACUCCCGUCUCCCCUAUCUCCCCCGUUGGUCCUACCAGCCGCCCCUGGAGCUCUAUCCGUCUCACCACCAGCGCCGCUACCGGCGUUGCUACCGCUGCUCCUUCGACUUCCUCCCCUGCCUACACCGGUGCUGCUGGCCGCAACGUCAUCAGCCUCGGCGCUGUCAUGGUCGGUGUCCUUGCUGCUUUCGCCCUCUAA